CGACAUCACUACUCAAAACCCUAGAUGCACGUUUAAAUUCACCAAGCGCCGUAUCAUUCACUUUGGGUUAUACAUCUUUGCAUUUGCUGCCUCGUGAGACCUAACUAUCCUCAGCCAUGGCCGUCGGGAAGAACAAGCGAAUCUCCAAAGGAAGAAAGGGAGGCAAGAAGAAGAUUGUUGAUCCUUUCUCCAAGAAGGAUUGGUAUGACAUCAAGGCUCCCUCUAACUUCACUCAUAGAAAUGUCGGAAAGACACUUGUUUCUAGAACUCAGGGUACCAAGAUUGCAUCAGAGGGUUUGAAACACAGAGUGUUUGAGGUUUCUCUUGCUGAUCUCCAAGGUGAUGAGGACAACGCUUACAGGAAGAUCCGUCUGAGAGCUGAAGAUGUCCAGGGCAGGAAUGUCUUGACCCAGUUCUGGGGAAUGGACUUUACCACUGAUAAACUCAGAUCCUUGGUGAAAAAGUGGCAGACUUUGAUUGAGUGUCAUGUUGAUGUUAAAACCACUGACAACUUCACUCUGAGGCUUUUCUGCAUUGCUUUCACCAAGAGACGUGCUAACCAAGUCAAGAGAACUUGCUACGCUCAAUCUAGCCAAAUCCGUCAGAUUCGCAGCAAGAUGAGGGAGAUUAUGAUCAAGGAAGCUUCAUCUUCUGACCUCAAGGAGCUUGUUGCCAAGUUUAUUCCAGAAUCUAUUGGGAAAGAGAUUGAGAAGGCAACUCAGGGAAUCUACCCUCUUCAGAAUGUUUUCAUCCGUAAAGUCAAGAUCCUCAAGGCUCCCAAAUUCGACCUUGGAAAGCUCAUGGAGGUUCACGGAGACUACACAGCAGAGGAUGUUGGUGUGAAGGUUGACAGGCCGGCUGAUGAGACAGUGGUCGAAGAACCUACUGAGAUCAUUGGAGCUUAAGAGAGGUGUUCAAAUUGAGAGAGAUCGUUUAAUUCCAAACUUUAGUAUCUUUAAUGCUUUGUGUUUUUUCGCACUCGUUUGGUCCCUCAGCUUCUUCUUCUGUUUGAUGUAUUUGUGACUUUUCAUAGUAUAAACUUGCCAGUUUUGGAUAAUUUAUGCAACGCUUGUUUUAGAAACA